CUUGCGCCAAGAAGCGAAACCUAUUGCGGAGAAGGACUGGCAAACCUUCGGGUUCGACCGGAAGCGGGAAAUCGCUUUGCAGAAAACGGAUAAAAAUGACGUGCGCAAGGUGUUUCUCACUCAGACGGGACGAGAAGUGCCAGUGCCGUGGAUAGAAGACUUGGUGCAGGAAAGUCAACGCCAAGCGUGGCAGCAAGACGUGGUUGAAUUAAAGCUUCCCCUAAUCCUUCUCCAGAAGCAUCUCGAAGCUGUCCCGUAAGGGGAACAGGUCCGAGAUGAAUCCCAAGAUGGAUUAGGCUUGAGCACUAAUUCAACUCGAUAAGUAUCAUGGGGGUUCGAAGAAUCGCGAUCGGCAGCCAUUUCGACCGGUCUAA